CAUCAUUGCAUAAGUUGUUUUAUUAGAUCAUCGAAAAUGUCGAAUGAAAGUAGCCAAUCUCUUGAUUCUCCUGCCAACGAGGCUGUGAUGGCUCGUCUUUUGGAAUUGGAAAACCGAACAGGAUAUCGUAUGCAACAAUGCAAUGGCCAAAGAAGAUAUUGGAAUCCGAAUUGGAGUGGACCUCCACCUGCUCGUGGAACCGAAGUUUUUGUGGGAAAGAUUCCCAGAGAUUUAUUUGAAGAUGAAAUUGUUCCUGUAUUUGAAAAGGUUGGACAUAUAUACGAAUUACGUUUAAUGAUGGAUUUCAGUGGUUAUAAUCGUGGUUAUGCAUUUGUUACAUACACUACAAAGGAAGAUGCCAUCCGUGCGAUAGAAUUACUGAAUAAUAUUGAAAUUCGUCCAGGAAUGAAAAUUGGAGUCUGUAGAAGUGUGGACAAUUGCAAAUUGUUUGUGGGAAGUAUUCCUAAAGAUAAAAGUCAAGAUGAGAUUAGACAAGCGAUGUGUGAGAUUACAGAAGAUGUCACUGAUGUUAUUGUCUACCCUGGUACAAAUCCAGGGGAGCUCAAUCGAGGAUUUGCCUUUGUUGAAUAUGCAAGCCAUCGUGCUGCUGCAAUGGCUCGUAGAAAAUUAAUUCCAGGCAGAAUAACAUUGUUUGGAUAUGAAGUUGCUGUCGACUGGGCUGAUCCAGAAUCAGAUGUAACCGAUGACAUCGCAAAUCGAGUGAAAAAUGUUUAUGUUCGAAACUUGAAACCGACUACUUCAGAAUUUACAGUAUGGGCGGCAUUCAAUAAUAUUAGACCGGGAUCCAUUGAGAGAGUAAAGAAAAUUGAGGAUCGGGAUUUUGCUUUUGUUCAUUUCCACAGAAGAGAAGAUGCUUUAUAUGCAGUUACUAUGAUGAAUGGUCAACUCAUAGAUGGUCAAGAAGUUCAUGUUUCUCUUGCAAAACUAAACACAUUAACAAAACCACCUAUGGGAAAUAAAAUUUUAGGAAAUAACAUUGGAAUGAAUACUUUUACUGGAAAUGAAAUGUUCAAUUCAAAUGCAAUGAUGAAUCGUCAAUCUUCGACAACAAUCCGUAAUCAGCAAACUAAUCAACCAUUUAAUAUGUUUGGAUCAAAUAUGUCAAAUUUAUCAAUGAAUUCUAAUGAAAUUGGACCAAUGUGCACUGUUCGUAGCUUUCCUAAUCGACCAAAAAGUAUAACUCCUACUUUGGGUCUGAAAGAUUAUUCUCAGUCAUCAAUGAUGAAUCGUACUAUGACUCCCACACCUCGUGUGAUCUCACCAACGAGCAACCCAUAUUGGCGACAAGGUCCACCUCAACAAUCUGAACGUAAUCUUCGUCCUGUGUUGACAAUGGAUCAUAUUGCCAAAAUUCAAUGCCCUGUUACACUUCUUAGUGAAUUGUGUGUCCGACUUGAUCUUGGAUCAGCCUGUCCAUUUUACACUCUGUUAUUCGAAGAGCAGAGCUCUCCUCUGGGGCAAACUGAAUGCAAAUACGUCUAUCAGGUCAGAUACGCAGGAAACUUGUACACUCCUCCCAGCUCUUCAGAUACAAUUGAAGAAGCCAAGCGAACUGCAGCUCAAUAUGUUAUUGACCAAAUAGCUCCAUGGUUGAAAUUGAAGCUUGAUUUGAUGGUAAACAAACCGACCAACUCUAUCAAUAUACAAACUCAGCAACAGAUGGCUAAUAACGGACAAGGAUUUUCAUCAUUUUCAAAACCCAGUACUACCAGCAGUAACUUCUGCCUUUCACCACUUUUCAGUCCGGCUAUGAACGCUAAUUCAAACCUUGAUAUGAAACCAAAGAUGGCUGCAGAUACUGUUGAUGCCUCUAGUCUUCUUGAUAAUGUGGGUGCUUUUUCAUCUUUUGGUUCAAAUACGACAGGGCAAAAUUACCCAGAUUAUCUUCAAUAUCUCAACACAAUGGCUGCACAGAGCACCAGCUCUACGACGAGUGGGUUAUCGAUGCAGCAGUAAAUGGAAAUUCCCACUACCAAAAGUUUACCUCAGUCAUAAAUCAUAAUCUUGAGUUUUAUUAACAAUUUGUUUUCACAGCUUAAGAGAAUGGUAGUAUUUGUUUGUGUUAUGGUGGGGAACAUUAUCGUUUUCACUGUUUCCUUUUUCAUGAUGUUCACAUCGUUUGAUUAGAAUUAUUCUUUUAUUAAAGCUAAAUUAUGAGAGUUGAAAUUAUUCUCAGAUUGUUUAGUACCUACCUGUUCCUUUGUUUCAGCCGAAAAAUUAUCACAUAAUCUCAAGUCUGUUUACAAAUCUUACAGCUGAAGUCAAAAAUAACUAUUUUGCUUCGAUUUAUCACGAAAUCAAAAUUUAUUGGUCAUCUGUCAUGUGUGUCUUUUUUUAAUCAAAGAUGUUCAUUUUUGACUCUCAACUGCCCUUGUCCAAAACCAGAUUCAUUUUAAUCUAGCAAACCAGUUUUACAUCAAAUUUUAAUCUUAUCAAAUCAUUACAUCUUGUUACAUUAUCUGUUUUGUUGUAUUAAUGAUGUUUCAUCAUUAUAUUGAUUGAAUUACUAAUCAGACGAGAAUGAAUAACGAAUCAUUUAAUGAAAUAUCUAAAUGAAAAUGUGAUGAUUACUCAACAUUAAAAAUAAUAGUUUCAUAUCAGGUAUAAAUCGAUCUCUGAUGAAUUGCCCUCAGAAUUUAGUCUUUCCUAAAAUUAUAUUCUUUCUCAAACCAUGAUGAUUUUUUGCUUUUUCUCCAGUAGGUUUUAAUAUUUCAACUUUUUCAGGUAUACACAACAACUGCAGUGCUGUGUUAAGAAUUUAAAUAUCUAACUUUUCCUGAAAAAUCGAAAAAAUUAUGUGAACAUUUUUUGCCUCUUACUCCAGAUCCCAACUGGGAGAUACUAAAAGUAAUUUUAAAGUUUACAAUGUUGGAGUUACCAUGUUAUUUAGUUCGGUUCUAUAUAAAGUUAACGUUUUCAGAUGAUCAAUCAGAUAUACUUUUAAACAUUGAAUAAUUUAUCAGAUUUUAGUGUUUUAGAUCGUUAUUAUUCUUGGAUUUUGAAAAAUUUAGAUUCAUGAAAAAUGUUUUAGGCGGUCAUUUUACCGUUUUUUUUUAUUUUUUGCCUUUACAUCUGUUGGCAAGUGCUGCCAUUAUUCAACCCCGAGUAGAGAAUUACUUGGUCGUGUUCCGAAACUUAUCAUUCUGUGAUUCCACCAGAAAUCCGCUUUAAAAAAGUCCAUGCUGAUAUCGGAUUCCUGAAUGCUAUUAUGCGGCAUUUGAGGCUUUAGAAGUUUAUAUCAUGAGUUCGUCAAGGAUUAUUUGAAAAAGCAUCGAAACAGUUUCCGAUCCAAUUUAAUUUUUGUUUAAAAGAGACCCGUUUACUGAACGCAUAUUCAUACCCAUGUAAGAGAAAAUAUUUCGUAUUUUCUCGGUAAGAAAUCGUCCGAUUUUGAUAUUGUUUUUGAUUCUUUUUUUUUGAGUGAUUUCGUUGAGUUCUUUUGUUCGUUUUUGAAAACUUCUGUUCUUUUGUCUAUAAUAUCCAAAUACAU